AUGAACAAAAAGUUCAAGAAGAUUUCAGAUUGCGGAAGAAGAAUUCGAAUCAGAUUUGAAGUUAAAGUUACAGAUUUUGUUAAGUUGAGAUUUAAAGAGAUAAAGAUAAAGGCUUGGUCAAAGGAAGAUAAGACAUUAGUUGAGAUUUGGAGAGAUAAAUAUAAGGCAUUGAUAAUUGCAGCAAUUUUUCUUCUCCGCCCCCCCCCCCCCGCUUCAUCCUCUUCAAGCAAUGCUCCAAAAGUUAGACUCUCAUCCUUAUUCACAUCCUUAAAACGACCCAAAUCUCCAAAUCCCAAAAACUCACCAGACAAUACCGCCACUUCGAAGAAUUCCAGAACUCCAGUUCCAAAAGCUCCGGUUCAAACCGAACCCCAAAAGUUCCUCAACACCAAAUGCAAGUCUCCAUCCGAAGUUGUUCGCCGCUUCGACGAGAUGAUUCGGACGAAGCCCACUCCUCCUGUUUCGUUGUUCAACUGUUUGUUAUCUGCUCUUGCUAAGAAAAAGCAUUACUCUGACGUUUUUCCGCUUUACAAUAGGAUGAAUUCAAGUGGGUUGUUGCCCAAUUUUAUCACGCUUAGUAUUUUGAUCAAUUGUUUUUGCAAUACGAAUCGGGUUUCGGACGCUUUUGUGGUUGUGGGAAGUAUGUUGAGGAGGGGUUUUAGUCCUAAUAUUGUGUCGUAUACAUCUUUAAUAAAGGGCUUGUUUAUGGAAGAGAAGAUUUUUGAGGCAAUUAGGUUGUACAAGAAUAUGUUCAAGUUGGGGUGUAAGCCUACAGUUGUUACAUAUGGGACUUUGAUUGAUGGGUUGUGUAGAACCGGAAAUACAAAUAUUGCACUUAAGUUGCAUGAGGAAAUGUCGAGUGGAAAUGGACGGCAUGGACUCGAUUGCAAGCCGAAUUUAGUUUCCUAUGGGGCUAUUAUUGAUGGACUUUGUAAAGAGGGGAUGGUAGAAAAGGCGAAGGAGAUUUUCUUGGAGAUGAAAGCCGCGGGGAUCGCUCCUGAUGUUGUUGUUUAUAGCUCUCUUAUACAUGGUUUGUGCUUUGAUGAUAAGUGGGAUGAGGCUAAAAGUUUGUUUGUUGAGAUGAUGGACCAUGGCGUGAGGCCUAACACGGUGACGUUUAAUGUGUGGAUAGAUGCGCUUUCGAAGAAGGGGAAGAGGAAACAAGCUAGGGAUAUGCUUGAAAUGAUGGUUGAGAGAGGAGUGAGUGCUGAUCUAUUUACUUACAACGCUUUGCUAGAUGGUUUCUGUAGAGCUGGUAAGCUUGAGAAAGCCAAGGAGCUAUUUUAUUCCUUGCCAGCCAAAGGUUGUGAACCCAAUUCGUAUAGCUACAAUAUGUUGAUCCGUGUGCAUAUUAUGAAGAGGAAGAUUGAGGAAACUUUGAAGAUCUUUCGGGAAAUGAUUCCCAAGGGAGUUAGCCCCACAGUUGUUACAUAUAACACUUUAUUAUGUGGUCUCUUCCAUGCAGGUAAGGUUGACGAUGCUCGCAAGAUGUUUGAUGAGAUGCAAGAUCAUGGUAUGGUGCCAAAUUCAUCGACGUAUUCUAUACUUUUGGAUGGAUUGUGCAAGAACAAUCGUGUUGAGGAGGCCUUGGAAAUAUUUCGUACUUUAAAAGAUAGUAAUUUUGAAAUGACUAUUCAAGUUAUGAACACCAUCAUUAAUGGAUUGUGUAAGUCGGGGAAGUUUGAGAUUGCGUGGGAGCUAUUUCAGCGGUUGCUACAAAGAGGCCCGGUGCCUAAUGUUAUCACGUAUUCCAUCAUAAUCAAUGGGCUUUGCAAAGAAGGGCAACUAGAGAAGGCAAAUUGUUUGUUUCUAGAGAUGGAAGGUCAGGGCUGUUCUCCAAAUUAUGUUACAUAUAACACACUAAUGCGUAGUUUCUGCGACAACAAUGAGCUCCCAAAAGUGGUCGAACUUCUUCACCAAAUGGCGAAGAGAAAUGUGCAACCUGACGCCUCUACAUUCUCCAUCGUGAUAGACUUGGUAUCGAAGGAUAAAAAAUAUCGCGAAUGUCUGGAUUUGCUCCCAACAUUCCCUAUGCAGGAGAAAGAGAAAGACGAUAUGUUUACUUUCGACUCGGUAGCAUGAGUUUCAGUUGAUAAUCUUCACCUGGAAGUACGAAAUUUUGAUGAACUACUUUAGCACCAUUCUUUUGUUGGUUGAUAAGCAAAGACCGGAUCUGCCAUAGCUAUGCCAACUUCUAUAUGUACUGUUGUACUUUAUAUAGUUUAAUAUUCAGUGUAAUCUUUUAUUUAUUGUAAUUAAAAAAAGAUAAUUAAUCAGCAAAAUUUCAUUUGAAUAUCUAU